UUCAGUGCAGGGAAUAGCGACUAUAGCAGAGACAUAGAUGAGUUUAGACCCGCCCCAUGAAAAGGGGGGACUACGUGGUGCUUGCUGCUCUUCUACACCGAGCAGAGAUUAAACACGGGCUGGAUAUUUUUUUUUUUUAGGCUACUGUAAAUAAUAAUAGGGAAAAAAAGUUGUAAUGUCUUGUUUACAUAAACGUCCGAAGAGGACAAACUCGCAGGAGCAGGCUUUCCAGGAACAGGUGAAAAAAGUUGCACAGGAAAACGGAAAACGCCUAGGUUUGGAGGGAGAUGCAGAUCUCCAGUUCCUGCUGAAUGGCGGGGAGCUGAUCAAGAUUCGCUCGACCUCCUGGAAGAAGAACCGCUUCUUCAAACUGCAAGAAGACUGCAAGACCAUGUGGCAUGAGUCCCGCAAAAUUUUCAAGAAAAAUCAGACCUUCUCCAUCGAUGACAUUGAUUCAGUGCGCAUGGGCCGUCAGUCCGAGGGGCUUAAUAAACACACAGACACUAGUGUUGAAGAGCAGUGCUUCUCCAUCAUCUUCAAGGCCCGCAAGAAAAAUCUUGACCUAAUGGCACCCAGCAGGGAGGAGGCCAAACGGUGGGUCAGCGGCCUGAACAAGAUCAUAAACAAUCUGCACAACCUCAGCCGCCAGCAGAAGAGUGAGCACUGGAUCAUCAACUGCAUGCGAAAAGCAGACAAGAACGAAGACAACAAGAUGACCCUGAAGGAGCUGAAGCACUUCCUGCGACAGAUCAACAUCGAGGUUGAUGACACUUACGCAGCAGACAUUUUCAAGAGAUGUGACAAAUCCAAUUCUGGAUCCUUGGAAGGCUCAGAGAUCAAGCACUUCUAUGACCUACUGACACAUCGGGAGGAGAUAGAUGUGAUUUAUGGGAAGUACGCUGAAACUGAGGGUCAGAUGAGCACCAGAGAUCUGCUGAACUUCCUGCUGAAUGAACAGAGGGAGCAGGCGUCCUUUGAGGAUGCUCUGAAGCUGAUCGAGAAAUAUGAGAUGGAUGGAACAGCAAAGGAAAAGAAACACAUGACAAAAGAUGGCUUCCUGAUGUUCCUGGUCCAAGAGGAGGGAUCCAUCUUCAACCCAGCCCACAAACAUGUGUACCAGGACAUGAGCCAGCCCCUCAACCAUUAUUACAUCUCAUCCUCGCACAACACGUACCUGAUGGAAGACCAACUCAAAGGGCCCAGCAGCACAGAGGCCUACAUAAAAGUGCUCAUGAAGAGCUGUCGCUGUGUGGAGCUGGACUGUUGGGACGGGGCUAACGGAGAGCCUGUUAUCUAUCAUGGCUACACGCUGACAUCCAAAGUGCUCUUCAGAGACGUCAUCAAAGCCAUCAAAGACUUCGCCUUCAAAACGUCUGACUACCCAGUGAUCCUGUCCCUGGAGAACCACUGCUCUGUGGACCAACAGAAGCUCAUGGCCCAUCACCUGAUCUCGAUGCUGGGGGAUGCUUUGGUCACAAAGCCUCUUGGCAACACCAUGCCCACCAACUUCCCCUCACCUGAGGAGCUGAAGGGCAAAUUUCUCAUCAAAGGAAAGCGACUAAACAAACUGGAUGCUGUCUUCACCAAUAGCAACACCAUAGAAGAAGACACUGUGUCUGAGGAGGAUGAGGCUGCAGAUUGUAAGGAGAAUGGACAAAAAGCCAAAUCAAAGAAAUCAAAGAUCAAACUUGCCAAAGAGCUGUCAGACAUCGUCAUUUACUGUAAGAGCGUCCAUUUUAAUGGCUUUGAACAUGCCAAAGACAACCAGGCCUUCUAUGAGAUGUCGUCCUUUAAGGAGAGUAAAGCUUUCAACCUGGCUGAGACCUCAGCUACUGCCUUCAUGCAUCACAACAUGGACAAACUCAGUAGGAUCUACCCAGCAGGCUCCAGAACUGACUCCUCUAACUACAACCCUGUGCCAAUGUGGAACGUUGGCUGCCAGAUAGUGGCGUUGAACUUCCAGACUCCCUCCAAAGAGAUGUACCUGAACCAGGGACGGUUUCUGCCAAAUGGUUUUUGUGGCUACAUCCUGAAGCCUGAAUUCCAGAGAAGUUUGUCCUCUCAGUUUGACCCCAACACACUCACCAGAGGGCCCUGGCUAAAGAGAAAGAUCUUUCAUGUCAUGGUCAUCUCAGCCCAGCAGUUACCAAAAAUCAACAAGGACAAGCAAAAAUCCAUUGUGGACCCUCUGGUUAGAGUCGAGAUCUACGGUGUCCCAGCAGACAACGCCAGCAAGGAGACACACCACAUAAACAACAAUGGGUUCAACCCCAUGUGGAAUCAGACAUUCCAGUUUAACAUCCAAGUCCCAGAGCUGGCCCUGGUACAGUUUGUGGUGGAAGACUAUGACUCAACAUCCCAGAACGAUCUCAUCGGACAGUACUGCCUACCACUCACCAGUGUGCAGAACGGAUAUCGCCACGUCCCGCUGCUCACCAAGAGAGGCGACGUCAUUUGUUCCGCUGGACUGUUUGUACAUCUCAUGCUCCUGGACGCCCAGUAGAGUCGUGGAAGUAUGUGGAAAAGCUUCAUGCCAGGGAACAGCAUUUUAUGUUGUUGUUGUCGGUGGUGUUUUUUGGGAAACUAUAAAGGAAUUUGCCCAGUUUUAAAGCUAAAUGAUAUAACUCAGAUCAACUACUUUAAAAGCGUCUUCGUGGAAAGAACAUUUUCCCAUUUUCCAAGCAACAGUCGUUGACUCACAGUUGUCUGUAACACUUUCCUGUCAUUGUAUUUUAGCUUUAAAAAUAGUGGUUGAGAGCUCUUUAUGGCAGGAAACAAGAAUAGAUGAAAAUGUGAAUGAAAGAGCAGUGUGGGAAAUUAUUUAAAGAGUCAUUAUACUAUUUUUGCCAUAUUGCAGAGAAGCAGAAUAAUUGGAGGUAUUUUAACUUUCUACUGAUUUUCUGAGACUUUUCUGAAUCAUACAGGCCAUAACUGAUAGAAACAGUAUUUUUCAAGCACUCAGCUGUUUUAGUGUUUUAUGCCUCUUCUGAGUAGGACCAUCUCUUAGAUCAAUUUAAUGCCAUAAUGAUGUUGGCCACUGGAGUCUGAAGCAACAGUAUGAAUAGUAUGGAAAGAAAAGUGUUCUUGCCUAUUGGAAGAGCCAUGUGUGUCUGUGUUCAGGUGUCUAAUCAUUUAUUCCUGUCAGUAUGAUCAAUAUAUCUUUCAAAAAGACUAAAAACUUCCUUUUGUUGACUGUUGAUAUGAAGAGCAAAUUUACUGUAUUAUAGAUAUGAAUCUGCUCUAGACAUAUUACGCCUUAAUUUACUAUAUCAGCUAUUUUAUGUCAAGCAAAUCUUAAUAU